AUGUUGCUACUGACUAUUUUGAUAGUUUUAACAGCAAAGGAAGACGUCUUAUCAGAUUAUUCUUUUCCUGUUUAUACGACUGAGAGAUGUCCAAGAGACAAAAGUGAAUGGGAUGCUGCCUCUACCAGACUACAUUGCAAUGAUUCACAUGGAUACCACUGCGUCCCUGAUAAGACAUUCACAUCUCUUAUAGAGUUUUGUUACCCCGACGGAAAAUUUAAACGUUUCCAGAAAGGUAAUUGUCUUGAGCUUGCUUACACUGGUAUUUUGAACCAUGUCAAGUGCAAAAAUUUCUCUUUUGGUUGUCCUGAUCAAGACUACAACAGCAACGAGCUCUAUAACUAUCCAGCUUGUUUGAAUAUACUUGAGAACUGUUUCAUAGCGGAUAUCAGUUGUCUUAAGCUACGAACUGAUAGAAAAAAACAAAGAGCAAUGAAACAGGGUAGACAAGAUGAAUGCCUUUGCACUGGCUAUAUUGCGGCAUUUUCCGUUUUAUCAAUAUUGACCAUUAUGUGCGUUCUUGUCAAAAUAAUUCAUUUCUGCUACAACAAACAACAAAAACAGAAAAAAAAGCAAAACUUGACUUAUGAAGAAAAUCCACUUCUUAAGAGGAGAAUAAACUCAGAAAGUGAAAACAUGAGAUCGGAUCAUUUAAACAUGGAAGGUAUCUAUAUGUACAUCGUUUAUUUUUGCUUGAUAAAACUGAACAAAGGAGAAAAAUAUAUGGACAAACUCUCAUUGAAGAGAGAUCAUGGCAUUGCAACUCAAGGGGGAUCAAUCACCAUACUUAAAACAAUUUUAAAAACUGAUCCAGAAGCAAGACUUCAAAACGAAAGUCACCAGGGUCAAAAUGCACUGCAUUUUGCUAUAAGAUAUAAGCGAAAAGAUAUGAGCGAAUAUCUUAUUACACAACACGGGAAAACAUUUAUAAAAAGCACGGAUGGAGUAGAUCAAUCAAGUUCAAUGGAAGAAAACAAAAAUGCGUCUAUUAGGACGGGUAAAUUUGAGCCAUUUCACUGGAUUGCAUGGAAUGGAGAUUUAAGGAUCCUUGAAGUUUUGAAGGAAGCUUAUGUUGAUUUGACGAAGUUAACAAAGAAUGGUCUAGGCAUUUUAGACAUUGCAUGCAUGAAAAAGGAAAAUGAUUUCUGUAGACAUGUUAUAGAAAAUGAAAAAGAAAUUGAUAUAGAAAAGGUGGAUGCAAGUGGUUGGAACAUUGCUCAUUAUGCUGCAAUGUCUAAUAAUGUGGAGGUUAUGCAACUUCUGAAAAACAAACACGAACAACUGCUCAAAUCCAAAACUAACGGGA